AAUAAAUAGCUGCUCUGCCAUAGUAUGGUUAUGUAAUAAGGUUAAAUGUAAAAUUUGUGGUUCUGGUGCUUAUCAAGACAACAAAAGGUAAUUUGGGCUGUGAAACGAUAGUGAUGAAAGAUGAGAAGAUCUUGAACAAAAGGCAUGGUUUGUGAGCCACAGUAUGUUACAGGCUAUCAAUAUGCCCAUUGGAGAUACUGUAUGUUCUGUUCAGCUUGGCUGAUGACCUGAUACAUCAUGGAUAGCCCACCCAAACUGACUGGAGAAACUUUGAUAGUACAUCACAUUCCCCUGGUUCAUUGCCAGGUCCCAGACAGACAAUGCUGUAGCAUGGGCAAGAGACCAAACCCUUUCUACCAUAAUGAUCUGGGAAUCACAAGGACUACGUCACUGCCAGAGAGGGACCUGCUUCAGAAGGAAACAUUACUAUACAGCAGCUUAAUUCAGGCCUCUUGCUUACCUGCUGGGGCAACACAUGAAAUUGAAGGCAGGCGACUAAAUUCAAAAGAAAUCUCUACAAGUGAACAGCACAAUUCAUUAAUUUUGAAUGAGAACAAUGAUCAGGAGAGCUCCAAUAAUUGUUCUUUUCAUCCUCAGAAUAGCAACAUUAGUAACCCACCAUUUGUUCUGCAUGAACAGCCAUUUCAUCUUCAUACUGCUGAAAACAGCACACAACAGUGGAGCCCCCCCAGUAGGCAAGGAAUUAUUGAAGAUCAAGAGGAACAAACUCAUACAUGUGAUGCAAAGAAAUCAAGUAGCACCAUAACAUCAAGAUCAGUAUCAGCUGACUUAAUACAAUUACCUAUAUGCAACUGUGCUAAGGAAAGCACAUCAACCUUAUUCUUUGAUUGCAAUCAAGGAUUGGGCAACAGCCCAGAUGGAAUGUUCAGGAAGCAAGAUUUACUGGAGAGCAGAACAUGCAGCUGCUCUAGCUUAGAUAUGCAACAAAGCAGAAGUUGUGUCUUUUCGGAUCAAUCUGAAGUAGAUAAUCAGCAUAUGACCUACAAUAGUGAUUCCUCAUGUAACAGUUCAGAUGGUGUGUUGGUCAACUUUACAGCCAUCUACAAUAAAAUGAAAAGCCAGUCAAAGUCCAACCUAAGUUCAGGUAACAUGUCCCAUGAUUCUUCAUAUUGUAGUCACUCAGAGAUGGGUGCAUUCUACUUGGACCUACAUUCUUCACCUAGUGAGCCAAAGAAUUCAUGUGAGACACACAAUGGGGAUACUGCCAUGAAAACCUGUCUGUGUCAGCAGUGUUCACCUGCUGUAGAUGACAACUGCAAUUCUUACCAUCUACCAUGUGAAAAUGUGCCCUGUUCUUCUGAGAAUUCAGAUUUUACUGCUUGUUUUCAAAGUCAAGCAAGACUAGUUGUUGCCACACAAAAUUACUACAAACUUGUGACUUGCGACCUGUCUUCUCAGUCUACACCAAGUCCAGCAGGGUCCUCGAUAACAAGCUGCUCAGAAGAUCAUACUAAAAGUACAAGCCCUAGUCAACCUACAGAGUAUUACCUCUUUCAGCAACCAGAAGAUACAAAGAAUGACAUUGAUCAUUGCUGUUCUGAGAAACCAGCACGAGAAACUACUGAAAAUCUCAUUGAAGGUCAAGUGUACGUGAACGUAGCUUCAAAUGCCUCUGGCAGGCAGAGAUCAAGGAGUUAUGAUCGCAGCUUGGAUAAAAGUCCAACUCCCAGAUUGGGAUCCUUGGAACGCAUGUAUAGCUGCCCAGGCAAGCUAAGCGAUGGUCACACAGGAACAUCUCAGAGAUCACCACCAAGGCGAGUAACUUCAUUUGCUGAAAUCGCUCGAACCAGGAAAAGAAGUGGGAACUCUCCACCACUGAAAACUAGUGGAGAUUCAAUAGAGUUCUCUCCAAUACUGGAAAAUCAGAAAGAAAAUAAUGUGUUUGUUUAUUCAGAAGAAGACCACUACCACGGUAUGCCUGGCAGAACCACUACAAAAAUGGAUUUAACAACAUCAUGUGAUGCACCCUUUAUCCAUCAUUUCAACAAAAACAGUAAUUCAAGUGGGCAUGAGAGAGCUCACUUGGUAGGCUGUGGACCAUGUUACAAUGGAGAAGAUACCAGGAAACCAGAACCAAUUAAUAAACGAAUUGAAAGGGAGGCAUCAUUUGACAGCAGAAUUAAAGUGGAAGGUGGUGGAACAGAAGGCAAUGCAGUUAUCCGAUAUAGUAAAGAGCAGCGUCCUACUACGUUGCCCAUUCAGCCUUUUAUUCUUCACCAUCCAUUGAGCAAGCAGCUUCCCAGGGUUCGGCCAGUGCAAAACCACAGUAAAUCUUCAGUUUCAUAUAUGUACAGUAUUCCAAAUAGUCAGCUGACAACAAAUGAACAUUCAAGUGGAUCAUCUAGUUCUUCUAGUGGCAUGUUGUCAUUGGAAAAUGUGGCAACAGUAGGACAAUCACAGAAUGGAUUCAGCACAAAUGAGAAUGAGAAAGCAGGAAACUCUUUCCCCAUAAAUGAGUACUGCUUACGGAGACCCAUGCCAGAUGCAAUUAGGCCCUCUCCGUUGGGCAGUUACUCACCAAUAAAAAGUGAUGUGCCCAUCUUGCAGAGUGGAGACUCAUCAUCUUCUGCAGUGUCAUCAGAAAGGAAUUUUGGUAGCCACCCUCCGAGGAGCAGGUCCUGUCCUUUAUCUGCAAAUCUCCUUCCAAUACGAUCACCUCCAGCAAAAGUUGUUUCACCGAACAAAAGUCACCUUCCACAGGUUAGAGAUGAAAGGAGGAGUCCGAAGGAGGCCCAGAAUAAGGAGGAAAGAUGCUUUCAAACUGCACAGAACUCCAUUUGUUCUUCCCAGAAAACACUGUUACCAACAUCAGCUAUCAUAACAGCAAAUGGUGUCAAGAAUCAUUUGAACCAUCACUGGGAUAACAGAAGCAGAGGUGGAAGAGCAGCACUAUUUCAGCAUAUGGCAUCGGGUUUCACUGCCGCUAAUCAUCUUACACCUCUGGCUUUGAAAUGGAAGGAAUAUCGCAGAAGAAAUCCCCUGGGUCCUGACCGUGUAACAGGAUUUGGCUGCAAUUUGGAGCCUAAGCAAUCAGGCCCUGGGAUAACCAAGAAGAAUGCUUAUCUGGAAUUUUCUGGCACUAGUGGUGUUAGCCAUGUUCGCUCAAGGCUAUAUGGCCAAUCUGUGAAGCAACUUCAGAACUAUUACAGUGAUUUCUUUCCUGAUUAUUUUUCACUGGCUGAGAAGCCCCCUGCAGAGUUCUGUUUAUCGCCUGAUGGAACCACUGAAAGUAUCUCCAUAGAUUUACUGCAGAAGAAAGGUCUUGUUAAAGCUGUGAAUACUGCUGUUGAUCUAAUUGUAGCACACUUUGGAACAAGUAGAGAUCCUGGCGUAAAGGCAAAACUUGGGAACAGUUCAGUUAGUCCCAAUGUGGGCCACCUGGUACUUAAGUAUCUGUGUCCAGCGAUGAAAAAUAUUCUUCAGGAUGGUUUGAAGGCAUAUAUUCUGGAUGUGAUUGUAGGACAAAGGAAAAACCUGCCAUGGACUGUCAUUGAGGCUUCCACUCAGCUUGGUCCUUCUACCAAGGCACUCAACAAUCUUUUUUGCAAGAUAAGCCAGUACUCUGAAUUAAUGAGUCACAGCACAAGGUUUAAUGCAUUCAUCCUUGGCCUUCUGAAUAUCAGAUCCUUGGAGUUUUGGUUUAAUCACUUGUAUAAUCAUGAAGAUAUUAUUGGAAUUCACUAUCUGUCCACUGGCUUCCUAGCACUGUCACACAGUGUUUGUCAGGCACUGUUUGAGGAACUCCUGCUUUUGCUGCAGCCUCUUUCAUUACUGCCCUUUGAUCUAGAUUUAAUGUUUGAACACCAUGUUAUUCAAAUGAACAAAGAGCAACAAAAGAAGAAGGAACAGCUCAAAGUCAAGCAGGACCUCUUGCAGUCUGCACACUCCACCUUCCAACUAAUGAGAACCAAUGGCAGCAGUGAUGGUGGAAAUAAAAAUUUGGGAUCUCAGCAGAACAGGGAGGAAAAGUCACAAAGAAUCACUCGAAGUGUAGUUAUACCAAAUGGUACAAUAGCAAAAGAUGCAGUAUUAUUAGAUAAAGAAGAUAGAGAUGUGGAGAGAAUGCAAAAGGAGACAGUAAUGGACGUGAAAAAGGACAAGCAAGCAGGGUGGUGGUACCAACUCAUGCAGAGUUCACAGGUGUACAUUGAAGGGUUUUCUGAUGAAUCAAAGUUUGUCAAAUGGGAGAAGAGAAAGAGGCAGAGUAAUGGUGCUGUGCCUGUACAGGUAGAUAUUGAUGUGGAGAAAGGAUCAGUUCGAGAAGAUGUUGUAGAGGGAGCAGAGAAUGGGGCUGUAUCUGAGUUACAAAAUUCGGACAUUUGCAGUAUGGUGUCUGAUCUGGCUGCAUCAAAUGAAGAGGCAUUAGCCAUGAAGGAACUCUUAAAGAAGAAUCAACCUGAGGAUUCUAAAAAUGAAACCAAAUCUUCUUGGAUGGGGAGUCCUCCAGAGUCUGUGCUACAUGAACUUAAACAUAGCAAAGUGAAUGAAAGUGUGGCUUCAUGUGAUCAUGUUGAACAACCAGAAAAAAACCUAAACCUUGAGCACACUGAAGGCAAACAAGGAAUGUGGCUGGGCCGACUGUUUGGUGCAAGUGUAAAUCAGACUCGAAAGGAAGAGUCAAGGCUAGUCAAACCACAGAAAAGCAGAUUACCUUCUGGCUGGUUGGGACUUGAUAAAUCAGUGUAUGAUCUAAUGGUGCGGACUAUGGGAACUGGAAAAUGGAGAGGAUCUCAAUACGUAGCAGAACAAAUCAACCCACAGACUGGAGGUAGUCAGCCAGAAUCUCAAGAAACAAAAGCCCAAUAUGAGCGAGAAGUGAAGGCACUUUGCCAUCACAUAGCAACCGAGAAAGGACAACUCAGCUUUAAAAAAGGAGAUGUUCUGAGGGUGAUGUCAAAAGUGGAUGCAGACUGGCUGCUGUGUGGCCUUGGUGCUGAAUGUGGAUUAGUACCUUUUACUUAUGUGACUCAUCCAGAAGAUGAAGAUUAUUAAUAUGAAUGCUCGAUGGACCGUGCAAUUUUAAUUGAGGAGGAUAUGGGAAGGAGAUGAAAAAGUAAUAAUUGUUAACUUCAGCAAGAUUACAUUGAGCAAAAAAAGCACUAAAUUGCCAAUAUUUCUUUGCUUAUUACUUUGUUCUUCAUUGAUUGCAUUUAGAACCUCAACCAAGUAGAAUAUAUUGCUCAUCCAUUAAUUCUCAUUGGUGAUUAUCAAGCAUGCCUGCCACACAAACAUUUGUUCUAAUUUCACAUGCCUUUAGUAGUUAGCAGCUUUAUAUUAACAGACUUCCAAAUAAGUGGGACAGAACUAAAAUAUGAAGUAUAUAUAUAAUAUAUGUAUUUCAUAUAUAUAAUAUAUAUGCUACAGUUUAUUAUUUAAUAAUGUAUAUCAAUUUUCAUUUCAAAUGGUGUAAAUUGCAUGAAUUUGUGAGGUACAAAUAACAGGCAGUAUUUCUGUUUGUGAAAGACAGUAUUGGUGCCUUGAUUGGAUCUUGUAGGGUGACUCAACUGCCUCCCCUGCACAGACAUUCUACAAGAAUGUGUAACGUUUGAGUUAGUAUCAGAAUCAAUUAAAAUAUAAUAAUUUGUAGUAAUAUAUACCUCUGGCUUGUAUAUAUGCAGUUAAAGAAGGUACACCAUAUUUAAUUUUUUUCUGGACAUUCUUUCAACAUGUAUGUAUUAUUUAUUUUGCACAUUAAAAAGUGCUGAAAUGAUGGCAUGUGA